AUGCUGUUUAAGCUGCUGUUGAUUUGUUCACUGACGGUCCUUGGAUGUGGGAGCGAGAAGUUGACAGACGAUCAGAUUGCCGAAGUUUUGAAAAUCCACAACAAGUUGAGAAAAAAUGAAGGCGCUUCUGAUAUGAAAGUUCUCAGAUGGAAUGGAGCUUUAGCCGAGAAAGCAGAUGCAUGGAGUGAAAAAUGUGUUUUCGAGCACGGCAAUCCAGACAUGCCUAAAUCUAACUUCUACAUCGGUCAGAACCUUUACGCGUCUAGCCAGGCUCCGGAAACUGUGAAUUAUGAGAGUGUUGUUAGGUACUGGUUCAGCGAGAAAGAAAACUACAAUUUAUCCACAAGAACCUGUGCCAAGGAUAAAAUCUGUGGUCACUACACUCAGGUGGUGUGGGCAAAAACAACAGACCUCGGAUGUGCACAUGCAGUCUGCCAGAAACUGGGGAACCUCUACUACACCAACGGUCUCUUCGUCGUCUGCAACUAUGCACCCGGGUGA